GAUGCCCUGAGCUAUUCUGUGGAAAGUAGUGACAAGUGGAGUGGGAGACAGCUACUGCAAGCACGUGAGCAGAAUGUGACCGAUGUGCCAGAGGCUGGGGGGCAGCUCUACGUCAGGAAUUGCACUGAACCAGCUCUCCAUGAAUUCCCCAAUGACAUCUUCACGAAUGAGGACAGGAGACAUGGAGCUGUGGUCCUGCACGUCCUCUGUGCUGUUUAUAUGUUUUAUGCAUUGGCAAUCGUCUGCGAUGACUUCUUCGUCCCUUCGCUGGAAAAAAUCUGUGAACGCUUGCAUCUUAGCGAAGAUGUGGCUGGGGCAACUUUCAUGGCAGCAGGAAGCUCUGCUCCUGAGCUGUUCACAUCUGUCAUAGGUGUUUUUAUUACAAAAGGAGACGUGGGCGUUGGAACCAUCGUGGGCUCAGCUGUAUUCAACAUUCUCUGUAUUAUUGGUGUGUGUGGGCUUUUUGCAGGGCAGGUGGUUGCACUGUCGUCGUGGAGUCUCCUUAGAGAUUCAAUCUACUACACACUGUCUGUUGUUGCACUCAUUGUGUUUAUUUAUGAUGAAAGAGUUUCCUGGUGGGAGUCCUUAGUCUUAGUGAUGAUGUAUGUCAUCUACAUCUUUAUAAUGAAGUACAACUCAACCAUACAUCAGUGCUUUGAGAGGAAGACAAAAAACUCUGCAAAUAUGGUGAAUGGUUUAGCAAGUAACACAGAAAUGGAUGACAACAGCAACUGCGAUGCCACAGUGGUGUUACUAAAGAAAGGUAACUGUUCCAGAAAUUUCCACCGUAAAGCCUCAGUGAUCAUGGUUGAUGAGCUGCUCUCUGCCUACCCACACCAGCUUUCAUUUUCCGAGGCUGGGCUCCGGAUCAUGAUAACCAGCCAUUUCCCUCCCAAAACACGUCUCUCCAUGGCCAGCCGCAUGUUAAUCAAUGAGAGACAGAGGCUGAUCAACAGCAGGACUUACACCAACGGUGAGUCAGAAGUAGCAAUCAAAAUACCCAUCAAGCAUGUGGUGGAGAAUGGAACAGGCCCCAGCAACUCUGCCGAACGGGGCGUGAAYGGCACGCGGCGGGACGAGGAUGUGGCCGAGGCCGGGAAUGAGAACGAGAAUGAGGAUAACGAGAACAACGAAAACGACGAGGAAGAGGAAGAAGAUGAUGAUGACGAUGACCAUGAAGGGCCAUACACACCUUUUGACCUACCCACUGGCAAGAUAGAAAUGUUGAAGUGGGUUUUCACAUGGCCCUUGAGUUUUGUCCUGUACUUCACAGUGCCCAACUGUAACAAACCCCACUUGGAAAAAUGGUUCAUGGUCACCUUUGUUUCUUCUACCCUGUGGAUUGCAGCUUUUUCUUACAUGAUGGUGUGGAUGGUGACAAUCAUUGGGUACACACUAGGAAUUCCGGAUGUGAUCAUGGGCAUCACUUUCUUGGCAGCAGGAACCAGUGUGCCAGACUGCAUGGCAAGCCUUAUCGUGGCCAGGCAAGGUAUGGGGGAUAUGGCCGUGUCCAACUCCAUUGGAAGCAAUGUUUUUGAUAUUUUAAUUGGCCUAGGCCUUCCAUGGGCUUUGCAGACCCUAGCAGUGAAUUAUGGAUCAUAUAUUCGGUUAAACAGCAGAGGACUUAUCUAUUCCGUUGGUCUCCUGCUGGCAUCAGUUUUUGUCACAGUUUUUGGUGUCCACAUGAACAAAUGGAAACUGGAUAAGAAGCUAGGGUGUGUGUGCCUUUCCCUUUACGGCAUCUUCCUGUGUUUCUCCAUCAUGACAGAAUUCAAUGUUUUCACUUUUGUGAACUUGCCAAUGUGCAGAGAUCACUAACACAGGUGGCAGACUGUCGGGAGGAGCUUCCUUUUUACCUGUGCAAUACGAGCCACGGCUGGCAUCUCCUGGAUGCAGUGCACCUCCAAGUCGUGACCUAUAUCCUGUUCACUGUUCAUAGGACCCAUGGCCCCAUCUAGGUUUGCCCUCUCCCUGGCCCCCACAACCUGGAGCAAUCCUUCAUCGAUGUAAAGAGUUUUUUUCAACAUUUGUGUGAUUUCCUAGCUCAGUUUUUGAACAGUGUGACUGGGACUCAAGAUGAACUGGCUGCUAACUGGCGUUAAGCCAGUCAAAACUGGUCUGCUACAAUUCCUUCUUUUUUUAAGUUAUUUGAUGGAAGACUAAUUAAUUUAUGACUUAAGACUAUUGCUACAAUGCAGAAGAGGGUACGUCGUAUGGAGGUUGACUUUCAAGGAGAAUCAUGGGAUUUUUUUUGGUUGUGGGGGGUGUUUUUUGUUUGUUUUUAGUUUUUAGUUUGGGGUUUGCAGGGGUUUUUUUGUUUGUUUUGGUGGGGGGGUGUUUUC